CGUUCCGAACUGUCAGCUAGACGUGUCCCGGAUAAUACACUGAACUCUAAGGGGCUUAGAAUAUCAGCACUGUCAACUGUUCGUCUGGGAUUAGCAGGACACUAGCAAUGACGGCAGUAUGCGUUUAGAUGAUGGUAAAAGUCUGUCAGCUUCGAGUUUCUACGUUACAACACAUACAGGCCAGUCUGUCCAUCUGGGGAUGGGGGGGUCUUGGAGUUGUGCUAUUUUUUGUCACCUUUGGACCUUUCGCCAUAUUCUACCUGGCCUUUUACAUCUUCUGCUUCAUUGGAGGGGGAUUUGCGGUUACAUUGCUUUACGGGAAGAUAAACUCAGAGAAACACUUGGAAAAGUGUGAACAUUCAUACUUGCCACCUACACAACCUGGUAUUCUGAAGACACUUGAUGAGAUGAAGCUGGAGUUAAAGCCUAUAAAGAUUGACAGGAGACUGACUGGCUCCAGUUUCAUUGAUGAGCCACUACAGCAGGUGAUCCAGUUUGCACUGAGAGACUAUAUUCAGUACUGGUACUACACUCUGAGUGAAGACGAGUCGUUCCUGCUGGAGAUCAGACAAACACUGCAGAAUGCCCUCAUCCAGUUCUCCACACGAUCAAAAGAAGUGGACUGGCAGCCUUACUUCACUACACGCCUGGUGGACGACUUUGCCACACAUCUACGUGUCUUCAGAAAAGCACAGGAUCGCCUCGCUGAGAGGGAGGACAAGCAAAGGGACAUAACAGAAGAACUGGUGGACUCCUUCUUUGAGGCCGAGGUGGAGAUGGAGAGGAAGGUGUGUCGAGACAUGGUGUGCACCUCACACAAAGAUGAAGAAGGUUUUCUUCGGGACUUGUGUGAGUUACUUCUCUAUCUUUUACUACCUCCUGGAGACUUCCACAACAAAAACAUGAGAUAUUUUUUGAGGGAGGUUCUAGCGUGUGGCGUGCUGCUUCCUCUGAUCAACCAGCUGAGCGACCCAGAUUACAUCAACCAGUUUGUCAUCUGGAUGAUUCGGGACUCCAGCUGUAACUAUGAAGCCUUCAUGAACAUUCUGAAGCUAACAGACAAGCCUGCUGAGCUGGAGGCAGUUAAAGACAAAGUUCUGGAAGAGCUGCAGUACCUGCGCUCUCUGGACACCGCUGGAGAUGACAUCAAUGUGAUCAAGAACCAGAUCAACAGUCUUCUGUUUGUGAAGAAGGUGUGUGAGACCAGGAUCCAGAGACUCCAGUCUGGAAAGGAGGUCGACGCCUUGAAACUGGCCGCCAACUUCGGGAAGCUGUGUGUGAUCCCUCUAGAUCACAUCCUCGUCCAUAACAUUGCACUGCAGUUCUUUAUGGACUUUAUGCAGGCGGCGGGGGCUCAGGCGGAGCUGUUCUUCUGGCUCACUGUUGAGGGCUACAGGGUGACGGCCCAGCAGCAGCUGGAGGCCAUGCUGAGCUGGCAGAAAGACGGCAAGAAGCAGCCCAGCGCCACAAAGGGGCUGCUGAAAGCUGCUGCCCUGGGUGUUUAUGAACAAUACCUCUCUGAAAAGGCGUCUCCUAGGGUUCAGGUGGACAAAGCAUUAAUAGCAAAACUGGGGGAGAAGCUACAAAAUGACGACCCCACACCUGAGAUUUUUGAUGAAAUCCAGAGAAAGGUGUACGACAUGAUGCUACGUGACGAGCGCUUCUACCCGGCGUUCAAGCAGAGCCCUCUGUACGUGCGCAUGCUGGCAGAGCUGGACAUGCUGAAAGAGCCGAGCUACAGAGGAUCUGAUGAUGGCGAGGGAGAAUCCUUUAACGGCUCGCCCACUGGAAGCUUAAACCUGUCUCUAGACGACUAUUCGAACUCCUGCCAUGAAGACUUUUUGCAGCUACAAGCCUUCAUCUCUGACACGGCUGAUACUUGUUUUCCCGGAUUGUGGGGUGCUGCAGGGGUUUGCAACGAUCACGGUAAGACCUACGCGCUGUACACCAUCACCGUGUUCAGGCGCAACUCUGACGGCAACGAGGACUGCUGGAUAACGUACCGCCGCUACUCAGACUUCCACGACUUCCACAUGAGAAUCACUGAACAGUUUGAGAACUUGGCGUCGAUCCUCAAACUUCCAGGAAAGAAAACCUUCAACAACAUGGACAGGGACUUCUUGGAGAAGAGAAAAAAAGAUCUGAAUGCUUAUCUUCAGUUGCUGCUAAACCCGGAGAUGGUCAAAGCCUGCCCAACACUCAUUCCUUAUGUCUAUGACUUCCUGGAGAACAAAGCUUACAGUAAAGGCAAAGGAGAAUUUGCACGCAAGAUAGACACCUUUGUAAAUCCCCUGCGGAGCUCCAUAAAGAAUGUAUCCACUGCAGUGAAAUCUCUGCCUGACAGUCUGGCUGAGGGAAUGACCAAAGUCUCUGACAACAUGGGUCGCAUGUCGGAACGAAUCGGUCAAGACUUUAAACAGUCAGUAUUGAAGGUGCCUCCACUCGUCCCUAAGUCGGACAUUGACCCAGAACACUGUAGAGUCUCUGCUCAGCUUGAUGAUAACGUGGAUGACAACAUCCCACUGCGGGUGAUGCUGCUGCUGAUGGACGAGGUGUUUGACCUGAAGGAGAAAAACCAGUGGCUGCGCCGGAACAUCAAGAACCUUCUGCAGCAGCUGAUCAGAGCCACUUAUGGAGACACUAUCAACAGGAAAAUAGUAGAUCAUGUAGACUAUUUGACGUCACCAGAGCAGGUGGCAGAAUAUGUCAAGAAGUUCAGGGACUCCUACUGGCCCAAUGGGAUUCUGGCAGAGAGCCCGCCCCGUCGGGACAAGAGCAUCCGCAUGAGGACGCGAGUGGCCGCCAAGACGAGCUUGUUGGGGAUCAUGCCAGAUGAACUGAAACACAUCAUCGGAGCAGAAACCACCAGAAAGGGGAUCCUCCGCGUCUUCGACAUGUUUCAGUACCAGCCCAUGAACCGGCGGCUGGUCUACGUGUUCCUGGAGGGCUUCCUGGAGACCAUGUUUCCUCAGUACAAGUUCCCCGAGCUCUUCGUCAAGCUGCACUCCCGUUCUCCACGCAUCCACAGAUACAACCAGAAACUCAAAUGCCCCUCAUCGAAGAGGUGACAGGAAAAGGAGCCGCGCAUCAGGGCACGGGGUCAUCUCCACGGCGCCGGGGAUCGGGAGGGCGUGAACUUGGAGGCGCGUGCGAGCUCCGCCCUUCCUCUUUCCUUGCACAUUCCUGUCGGCGAAAACACUCCACUCGUCCAGAUGAUCCUUUCGCUCAUGGAGCCGAAGGAUGAACGCCUCUGCCUCGCUGUCACCCUGUGAAGAACACAAAUCCUCUCAUUUGCACCGAGACUCGACAUGGCAGUCUUCAGUUUUUUAUAUAUUCUUUCCCUCUUGUGAGUUUUACGUUGAGCUUUAUCCCAGGUGAGGCCCUGCUGCUUUGUUGUGGUCCAAAGAGCAGAACACAGAUAUUUUGGGGGUUAUUUUUUAGGGCUAGAUUGCGUAGAUCCACACCUUGCCUUAUCUUCCCACUUUCUCCAUCCCACUCAGCUGUAAUCAAACAUCUUCGUUUUGAGGACAACCAAAAAUACCAAUUGCACUCAAACCCUAAAGAAAAGUCGCUCGAUAGUGUUUUAUUUUCCUUUCUGUCCAAAUGUCCCCAUCCUGUUCUCGCUGGUUCCUCAGAGUGUGAUCCGUAGCACUCCCAUCCCCUUUAAGACUACUGUCGUAACCGUGACGACCAAAGCUCAUCCUGCUCGUGUGCUGGUGUGACUCUGAGACACUGUGCUUCAUUUCUCUGCUCAUUUGAAGGAGACUUUUAGACGGUAAAGCUUUAAAGGGAUAUUUCACUUUUUUUAAGUCAUCAAAAAUAAAGGUUUGGGAUAAAAGCUGCUUUUUGAGUUUAAAACAAUUCAAACCUAAAAAACGUUUUUUUUUAACCAAUUAGACAAAAUUAUUUUUUUUCACAUCACUGUUAGGAUUUGUUUUUCACCCAAACAACAACACUUAAGGACUUUGUUGUAAAGCUGUUUUUAAACUGUUAAUGAUUCACGUUCUAGUUUUGCUUUUUCACGUGAAGAACCCAAAGUCCUCCCCAAUCAGUAGAAAUAUCUCUUAAAGGACAGACUGAGGCGCGUCUCCGUAGGGGGGCCCGCUCUUGAAUGUACUGGUGUAGAAUGGGGUGUAUGCGUGUUUGCUUGUCUUCAGUCAGACAGAAACUGUGCCAGUGUGAGCUCUAGUGCACCAGCCUUAAAACAAGAAUCAGUUUAUACUGACCUGCACACCAGGGGGAGCUCUCCUUCACACGACUGAACUUUAAAGGAUAUCAACAUACUUUUACUUUUUUUUUUUGGUGCAAUAUAUAUUUUUGUUCCUUUGAUGCAUGUGCAGUUUGAUUUAUUGUGUAAUGAAAAUAAUAUUUUUAUUGGAGAAAACAUGAAAGGAGUCCCCGUGAACUUGACAUUCCGUUGUUCUAGAAGGUUAAUUCUUUUACAGACUUGUUUUAUAAGUCUGUGGUUUCUUUUUUUUUUUUUUUUUGGAGUGCAGGGUUUUUGUUUUUUCACUGCCCGCUCUUGCAGUGGUCGAGGAUGUUCCAUGUCACGGCUGAUUCAUGAACCUAUAGGUAUGAGAGCGCCGUGUGGAGUGCGAGGAAAACCCAACUCCCUUCAUGCGUUUACACGAAAUUCUGUCUGAAAUGGGUUGAGCGGCUCCACAGAGACUCUGAUCACUGCUGAUUAGCACUUACUGUAGCAAACGUGGGAGUCCCACUCCCUCCGGUUUCAGUCGCAUCUCCCUCGACUGGCGCCGAGCAGCCACCGAUCGUCUCUUCUCGGAGUGAAAACCGCCGAUCCCAUGAUGUCACCUUAAAACCUCUGCACACCUCUCCAAACAGGAAGGCUCGACUUUUUUUUAACCCCAGUAUAUAUAUAUAUAUGAAUAUGUAAUAAUGAACAUGUGUGCAUAUCUGUGUACAGUAUGUGUUAAUAGUGUGCCUAAUUGUACUUCAACUCUAUUUUCAUAUUUUUCUUUAAUCUAAAAAAAAGAAGUGAAUCAGAAUGUCAUGAUCAUUUUCCACGACUGAAAAUGACAAGGGUUUUAUUAUUUUGGCAUAAAGCUUAUGGGUUUGUUUGUUUUAUGCGAGCACCUGUGCUCAGAUCAAUAUAACACUAAUAAAAAAGCAACUCGGACAACAAAA